AACAAUAAUGACUAACUUCGAACGUCAACUAAGUGAUUCGAAAAAUCAGCAUAUUUGUUCGAUAGUAUCGAUAAUCCUGCAGUUUUCACAGUGUUAAAAAUGAUAUCCUACGUUCCUUUUAUAGUUGUUUUAGUUUUCUGCGUUUUUCAUGCUCAGGCGGAAAACUACACGGAGGAAAUACGAGAAGAAGAGCUGCCCUCGAAAGUUCAACAAAGAAACCUAAUAGACACAGGCAGAGAGCUGUGCGGUCUGAUUCGAGAUGUGGUUUCCAACGAAGCCAGAGAGUCCGAGAGUGCAGUUCAAAAGGACGUGGAGAUGAUGAUAUCGAGAGCGAGGGAAAUUAUAAGUUUGAAGCAGGAAAACUUCGAACUGAAACACGGAUCUUUAACAAGAAAGGACAUAAAAUCCAGGGCCGUCCUGAAGACCCUACCAAAACUGAGAGAAGAGGCCGACGCAAGUUUGACAGAAUGCCAGUCUAUGGUCGCGGACCAAACGUCAAUCAUUGCCAACAGAAUAGUGGAGGACGCGUUCGGGCUUGAACAGAAAGGACAGGACAUCAUGAACGAAUUUUUCGAGUGCAGCAAGAAAGGCAGUUGGUCGAUGUUCUCAUGCUACAAGAAAACAAUUGGGGCCAAGAUCUUUCCACUCAAGGAUUUCCUAAUGGACACCGUGAGAGCUCACAGCAGGGCGCACACGGACUUUUUGACGGCCAGGAACAGUGCUGCCAACUGCAUCGACAAACAGCUGAAGGAAUACGAGAAUAAGAUCGAGUCUAUGUACAAUUCGUUGGGUUAGUUUGAUUAAGGGUGGUUUGGGGUAGUUUGUGGGUGCUUUUCUGAGAAAGCUGAGUGUUUUUGUAAUUGAAUAAAAUAUUUCAAAUAAUA